AGCCCAACGCAACCAAAACAUUUUUCUCUUCUCUCCAUCGCUUCUCCCACUCGUCAAGCCAUGGCCACCUCGGUCUCCGCCGUGGCCGCCCUAGCCGUUUUCUCGGCUCCAAGAAGCCUCCUUCAGCGCCCGGCCCAGCUGCCGUCCCGCCAGAACGUCGUGUCGUUCUUCGUCGGGCCGGCGCGGGCGCACCGCCGGUUGGUGGCCGUGGCGGCCAGCUCGCCGGCCACGCCGCCGGAUCUUGCCAACAAGGUGUCCGAGAGCAUCAAGCAGGCCAAGGAGACGUGCGCGGAUGACCCGGUGAGCGCCGAGUGCGUGGCGGCGUGGGACGAGGUGGAGGAGCUCAGCGCGGCCGCCAGCCACGCGCGCGACCGGCAGAAGGGCGUCGACCCGCUCGAGGAGUACUGCAAGGACAACCCCGAGACCGACGAGUGCCGCACGUACGAGGACUGAAACGCGCGAGGCUGGCCUCCGGCUUCCGCCAUCGCUGUCGCUUGAUCUAGCUAGCUUGGCAUGAUGGCAAUUUGCAGGCAUGCAAUGGAUGAUGGUUCUGCCCCUUCGUCACCUUUGGUGCUUGAGUUUGGUUUCUUCGUUUUUUUAGUCUUUGGCUUGGUGUGGAAUAAAGCGAGGUUUGUUAUUUAUAAGAAACAUUUAGGAACUCCUAAUGUAAUUCCAAGUAGGAUGUAAUCCUUAGAAAUAUAUUUGCUGGUGUGCUUCUGGUACUUGAUUACACUA